UACUUUUUAAGGCAAUAAUGCAUUUUUCCCUUCACAGAUGUUUGAAAUAGACCAGUUUUCAACUUUAAUGGGAAUGGAGCCUUUUACUUUUCCUAACAUGGCGGCCACCAAUUCACUACGAAUAGCAGAUGGACCAUACCUCCAAAUUAUAGAACAACCUAAACAGAGAGGCUUUCGUUUCCGCUACGGGUGUGAGGGACCAUCGCAUGGUGGAUUGCCUGGCGCUUCAAGCGAGAAGAACAGGAAGUCCUUCCCACAAGUCAAGGUACGUUAUCACAAGAACCCCACUUUUGAAAAUACCAAAUCGGGAGAUUUUUUUUAUGGGGGGCGGGCAGGGGGCAGGGAG